UUGGAAUGCUGCUAUUGGACGUAUCACUUGGGGACGGAAUCGAUUCUUUGGGUUAAAUCGAAAUCAACAGAAGUGUCUGACGAACAGUUAUAUAACCCACACAAAGACAAUUCCUGCUCCUGGUUCGCUUUUUGUUGGAUAACUUGAAGAAAACAAAAGAGGAGGAAACCCGAUCAGUGACUUAUCUCGUGACUUAUCAGUGAUUGUUCCCACCGCCACUAUAAACCACCACUCUUCUUCUCUACUGAAUCAAUCUCUUCCCAACAUCUACCUCUACUCUCUCUCUCAAGAGAUCCUCUUAAAGCGCACACGCUGAAAACUACAAUGCCUGGACUCACCACCUCUCCUCCGGGAUCAAUCCUCUCCCCCUCCAACGUCAAUCGUACUUCUCGAUCCUCUUCGACAUCAUCAAGGCCAUCCCUCAAGCUCGACCUCUCUAAUCUCCCAACUAUGUCUCAACCCACUCAGCCGUCAAACACCCUCAUCUUCACCGAACUCAGCAACCUCCACAUCUUCCAACCCUCCUCUCUCGCUCUUCUCCGUUCACAGAUUGAAUCCAUCGCGCCCCUGAACUCAUUCUCCCCACUCCCCUCCCUCCGCCGCAUCAUCUGCUCUUUCCUCACGGAAGAAGACGCCCUCUACAUCCGGAGAACCCUCGAUGGUAACCUCCUUGAGCACAACGUCCGCCCGAAAAUCUACUUCGGCGAACCCACCCCAAUCCUCGGCGAGGAGGAAUUUCGCCGCCCAAAGCUCCUCGAGGCCCCCCAACUCGACAAGCUCUUCUUCAUCAGCCCGCCACCCAGCCCCCCGCACGGAUGGGUCAUGCGCAACGAGGAACCCCCAAAUAAGGAGGUGCACGCCGGGGAUCUCGCCACGGCCCUCGCCAAGUUGAAGACCGAGCAAUUCGGUGUCAACGAUAGCAUGAGCCAGCCCUGCGAACCCGGCACGCCGAUGUCUAUGACCUCCGAUAAGCGCACGGGGAGCUGGCCGGUCUCUAUGUCCGGGCAGCGGAGCAGAAGCAGUACCCUCAUCUAUCAUCCCGAGAACCAUGGCGGCAGCCCCAAUCUGCCUGCUGUUAUGGUCGAAGAUAUGGAUGUGGAGAUGAGUCCGAUUGAAAUGCCGAUUCGGAAGGCGCCGCCCAAGACUUCUCGGCCCCCUGUUGAAUUGAUGGAUUGAAUGAUUGUCGUUUCAGGAUAUGAUGCUCUUGGUUUCUUGUGAAUACUUCUUUGUUUGCGCUUUAGCGUGGAUUGUUUUUGGUUCUAUCUCCGAAAUUUGCAUGUUUGCAUAUGGGCUGUCUUCUCUCAUGUGUUCUCUGUUACUUUAUUGGAUCAAUCGUGGAUUGGCGGGCGUUCUGGAUGGGCAUUGUGAUCAUGACACAUCUGAGGUUGGUUCUAGUUCUAAUACUCAUACAUGCGUUUAUGGCAUACAUAAAUUCAAUUAGACACUAUAUUUUUGCACGCACUUUUCUAUGGUAACUUUACCACUUUGGACAAGUAGGAAAUAACUGGAAGCGUAAACUACUAGUCGAAUAGUA